CCCAUAAAUGCUUAUAAGCCAUCAAGCGCAUGUUACUGCGCAAAUCACUUCACACAGAUUUACCAGAGAAAUCCGUGCGGAGAUUAGCAGUAGACAGAUUUUGCGAUAUGAAAGGUAAACAAAUUGGCGAUAUCCUGACCAUCCACCGUAAGGGAAAUAUCUUCGCCGUAUGUUAAAACCUUUAUAGAAAUGAGUUUUCAGCGAAUAUUUUUUUAAAAACACAUUAAUUUAUUCAUAUCAGUGACAUGCUGCAUACAUGUGAUAUAUGUGGUAAAGGAUUUUCUAAGAGAAAUAAUUUAAGAAUUCAUUUAAAGAUUCAUUCAAAUGAAAAACCUCAUGUAUGUGAAAUAUGUGCCAAACGAUUCUCUGUGAAGAAUAGUUUAAGAAAUCACAUGCUGACUCAUACAAAAGAAAAACCUUAUGUAUGUGAAUUAUGUGCCAAAGGAUUCACAGUCAUGAAUGGUUUAAGGAAGCACAUGCUGACUCAUACAAAUGAAAAACCUCAUGUAUGUGAACUAUGUGCCAAAGGAUUCUCAUUGAAGGAUAGUUUAAAAAAGCACAUGCUCACUCAUACAAAUAAAAAACCUUAUGUAUGUGAACUAUGUGCCAAAGGGUUUUCAUUUAAAGGUAGUUUAAGACAGCAUUUGCUGAGUCAUACCAAAGAAAAGUCUCAUAUUUGUGAGAUAUGCUGUAAAGGAUUUUCACAUAAAGGUAAUUUGAAACAGCAUCUAUUGAUUCAUGCAGAAGAUAAGCCUUUUGCUUGUGAAGUGUGUGCUAAAAGAUUUUAUGGAAAAGGUAAAUUAAAACGACAUUUAAAUGUCCAUUCAAAAGAAAAGCCUUAUGCAUGUGAAGUGUGUGGUAAAAAAUUUUCUGCCAAGGCAACUAUGAAAAGCCAUUUACUGGUUCAUACAAAUGAAAAACCUUAUAAAUGUGAAAUUUGCGACAAGAGUUUUUCUAAGAAUUGUGUUUUAAAAACACAUGCACUAACUCAUUUGAAGGAAAUAUCUCAUUCAUGUAAAGUAUGUAGUGAAAAAUUUCCAACUAACUAUGCAUUACGAUUGCAUGCAUUGACCCAUUCAAAUAAAGAGCCUUAUACAUGUAAAAUAUGUACUAAAGCAUUUUUAUUCAGUAGUUAUUUACAGAAACACUUAGAAUAUCAUGCGAAUGAGAUGCCUUAUGCAUGUGAAGUGUGUGGUAAAAAAUUUAAUUUCCAAUGUAAUUUGAAAAGACAUUUAUUGGUUCAUACAAAAGAAAAGAAUUUUUCAUGUGAUGUUUGUGGUAAAAAAUUUGCUCAUAGUGGUAAUUUAAAACAACAUUUAGUGACUCAUCUAGAAAACUUUUGAUCUGUAUGAAUGUGCACUGCAUAGUAUCUAGUCAAUUUGUAAUUAAAGAAUUUGAUUGAUAUAUAUUUUGAAACAACAUUUAUUUAUUCUAAAAUUGCUGGAGAUCAGUUUUUAUGAAAUUCCUCGUACCUACAAAGUGUAUGAAAAACUGCUUUCAAUCAAAUUUAUACAAAUAUACUGAUUUGUAAAGAUGGAAAAAAAAAAUUAUUCAUUUACACUUUUAAAAAUCUUAUUGAUAAAAAAUGUGGUAAAUGGAUUUUUUCUAGAAAUUUAAAUAAGGCACAUUUAAUUAUUUUAAGGAAAAGUUGUUUAUUGAUAAAAUAUCUUCUAAACUAAUUUCACUUAAAUGAGAUAGACUUGACUUAAGACUAUGGUGCUAUCAAGAGAGGAUUUUUUUUUUUGUGGCAAUUUCCUGCUAAAUAUGGUGAUCCUGAUUUCUUGUAGAUUGCCAAGAAGGAGUUUUAGUGAAUUACUUGACAGCUAAUGUGAUUUUGACAAGGAACUUUACCAUAAUUCUUAUUAAGAUAUGUUAAAAGAUACCUAUCAAAUCAUAUGAAUGUAAAAUGUCUGAUAAAGAGUCUUACAGAUGCAGGAUACAUGCUGACCUUAUAUAUGUGAAAUUAUUGAUAAGUAAGUGGCUUUGUAAAAUGAAUUGGCUAAUACAUGGAAGAAUUUUAAAUUUUAUUUUAAUACUCUUGUGAUUAGAUUUCUUGUAUAAAACUCAUGUUGCCAUUAAAACAAUAGCAACAACUUAUCUCUGUGUGUUGAAUGCAUAGUUUAAAAAAACCGUUCCAAACUUAGUCCAAAUUUACAUAUAUUAUAUAUUGUAAUGUAAGUAUUCUCCUUGUGUUAAAAUAUUUUUAUGAAAGAAAAAGUUGCAAUUCUGUAUGUUAUUCAUGUAAAGCCAUAUGUAAACUGUGUUAGGAAUAUUUCAUAGUAAUUUUAUCUUAUCAAAAGGAUAUUCUUGUAACUAUUAAAUAGAAUUGAAGCACAUUUUUUUCUUCUGGAAUACAUGCAGAUAUAUAGAAAUGAACAUAUAAUACAGAAUUUUUGUGAAUGUAAACUACAUCAGUGAAAAAUUCUUAUUGCUGUAACUAACUA